UGUUGGUUGUUGCAUUUCUGGGAUAAUCGAGAAUUUUUCAAGGAGCUUGGCUGUGAAUUCGAGGAUGGAUUCGGAGAGGGAGCUUCAACACAAGCUGAUUGAUGCUGGGGUGAAGCUUCUGGUGCCAAUCUCUUCUACCGAUGAUCUCCUUGCCUCCCUCGAUAAACUAGAGGGCCUUUUAUCGGUCUUAGGUCAAGAUCCUUUCAGUUCGAUACGAGAUGCACUCUUGCCUUCGAUGAAGGCUCUGAUCUCUGAUAGGCUGUUUAGACAUCCUACUACGGAGGUCAGGAUUUCGGUUAUGUCUUGCAUCUCUGAGGUGUUAAGAAUCACAGCUCCACAUCAACCUUAUGAGGAUGAAAAAAUGAAAGAAGUUUUUCAGCUAACUUUAGCUGCAUUUGAGAAGUUGUCUCUUUUAUCUGGUCGCUGUUAUUGUAAAGCUUUGCACAUUCUUGAAAUUGCUGCACGUUCAGAUGCUGUGUUAUCUUGCUGGACCUAG